AUGUCGGUGUACCUCUGGGCCCUGCGCCAGCUCUUCCCGGGCACGCCCACGUACACGGAGCAGCACAUCCCAGACCUCGCGGGGCGGGUGUACCUGGUGACGGGCGCGAACACGGGCGUGGGGUGGGAGGUGGCGCGUGUGCUGUUCGCGAAGAACGCGACGGUGUGGGCGGCGGCGCGCAGCGAGGAGAAGGGGCGGGCCGCGCUCGAGGCCAUCCGCGCGGCGCACCCGGCGUCGGCGGGGCGGCUGGAGCUGCUGCCGCUCGACCUGAGCGACCUCGAGGCGGUGCGGCGCGCGGCCGCGGCCUUCGUCGCGCGCGAGCCGCGCCUGCACGUCCUCUUCAACAACGCCGGCGUCAUGAUCCCGCCCGCCGGCAGCACCACCGCCCAGGGCUACGAGCUCCAGCUCGGCACCAACUGCCUCGGCCACUUCCUGCUCACGAAGCUGCUGACGCCCACGCUCGCCGCCACCGCCGCCGAGGAGCGCCAGAGCCGCGGCCCUACUGCCCCCUCCCCCGCCCCCGCCCCCGUCCGCGUCGUCUGGGUCUCGUCGUCCGCCGCCGAGCACCUGAUCCCCGUCCGCCGCGGCUUCGAGAUCGAUAACCUCGACUACUCCAAGAAGGACAUCCUAUACGUCUACAAGUACGGCGUCAGCAAGGUAGGCAACUACUACCACGCCACCGAGUACGCGCGCCGCCACCGCGACGACGGCAUCGUCAGCAUCUCGCUGAAUCCCGGCAACCUCAAGUCGGAGCUCGAUCGAUAUUGCAACCCCAUCGAGAUGAUCUUCAGGAAGGCCACCGUCUAUCCGCCCAUCAACGGGGCGUACACCGAGCUGUUCGCCGGGCUCUCCGACGAGGUGACGCUUGAAAGGUCGGGCGAUUGGAUCAUCCCAUGGGGUCGAUUCGGCGAGAUACGGAAGGACUUGGUCUUAGGGUCGAAGCCCGUGUCGGAGGGCGGUACGGGCAUCGCGCAACAGUUCUGGGAAUGGUCGGAAGAGCAGGUGAAGCCGUACGUGUGA